UAGCUGUUCUAUAUUUAGCAGUAUGGCCUUUACUGAUCACAUGAGAUACAAUAUACCAGGGACUUAUCUAUGUCAACUUCCUUGUUAACGACACACCGGGAUCAGAGGUAGGCUACAUAUGGAGUGCUACGAUAACAUCGACUUUUAACGUAAUGGCUGAAGGUGGAACCUCUCACGAUGUCCCCGACAGUCCCGGACCUCCGAGGGAGGCCCGGCUGUUAGAUUGUCCGAUUUGUCUGGAGCAGCUGCACGAACCAAAGUCCCUCCCGUGUCUUCAUUCCUUCUGUCAGGAAUGUCUGUCCACCUUCAUCACCAAAGACCUGUCGGGAAAGAUGGCGUCGGCGACUGCCUUCCCUUGUCCUGUGUGUAGGAAGAUGACACAGCCUGUCAACCCGUCUGAGGACAAGGAGAAAUGGGCUCAACAAUUCCCAGCCAAUGUAAUAGUGAAAGAUCUGGUAAAGUCCCCGGCACUUGAGCCGAUGUACUGUAAACCUUGUGGAAGAAAGGAAACCUGGGAUUCCAGCAACGAUCUGGUGUAA